GCUUACUGCUACCGCCAUGAUGUUGAUGCCCAAGAAGAACCGGACUGCCAUCUACGAACUCCUUUUUAAGGAGGGAUGAUGGUGGCCAAGAAAGAUGUUCACAUACCUAAACACCCAGAGCUGGAAGACAAGAAUGUGCCCAACCUCCAUGUCAUGAAAGCCAUGCAGUCACUGAAAUCGUGUGGCUAUGUGAAGGAGAAGUUUGAUUGGAGGCACUUUUACUGGUAUCUGACCAACGAGGGUAUCCAGUAUUUGCAUGAUUAUCUUCAUCUACCCCCCGAGAUUGUGCUCGUCACCCUGUGCUAUAGCCGCCCUGACAGACCACGGCCCAAAGGUCUGGAAGGUGAACACCCUGCUCGUCUUACUCGGGGAGAGGCUGACAGAGAUACCUACAGACGCAGUACCGCUCCACUUGGUGCUGACAUAAAGGCUGAGGCUGGUGCUGGAGCAGCUACUUAAUUCCAGUUUAGAGGUGGAUUCAGUUGUGGAUGUGGUCAGCCUCAUCAAUAGAAUUCUCUGGUCAUGUUUUUGUGUAUAAUAAAAUAGGUGAAAAUCUCAAAAA